CGCACGUAGAAGGAGCUGCCAGCGAUCUGGGAGCAAAGUUCAGCCCAAGCUGCUGCCAUCGCUGUCAUGGCUUUCCUCUGCAGAAGUGCUGCAUCGCUCCUGAAGCCCUCCAGAGCAGCGCCGACCGUCCUGUCUGCUGCUCGCCUCUACAGCUCAGGUGGUCAGUAUGAGUAUAUUUUGGUGGAAAAGCGAGGUGAGAAGAAUAAUGUGGGUUUCAUCCAGUUGAACCGGCCUAAGGCUCUGAACGCUCUGUGUGACGGGCUGAUGAAGGAGAUGGGAAAGGCCCUGGAUGACUUUGAAAAUGACAGCGACAUCGGAGCCAUCGUCAUCACUGGCAGUGACAGAGCCUUUGCUGCGGGGGCAGACAUUAAAGAGAUGCAGAAUCGAACCUUCCAGGAGUGUUACGGUGGAAACUUCCUGGCUCACUGGAACAGAGUGUCCACAGUGAAGAAGCCUGUGAUUGCAGCUGUCAAUGGAUUUGCUCUGGGUGGAGGCUGUGAGCUGGCGAUGAUGUGUGACCUCAUUUAUGCCGGAGAGAAAGCGCAGUUCGGCCAACCAGAGAUCCUGUUGGGGACCAUUCCUGGGGCGGGGGGCACCCAGCGGCUGACCCGUGCGGUGGGCAAAUCCCUGGCUAUGGAGAUGGUACUCACAGGAGACAGAAUUAAUGCGCAGGAGGCCAAGCAAUCAGGUUUGGUGAGUAAAAUUUAUCCUGCGGAACAGUUGGUGUCUGAAGCUGUUAAAUGUGGGGAGAAAAUUGCUGCCAACUCCAAACUGGUUUCUGCUAUGGCUAAAGAGGCUGUUAACGCAGCUUUUGAACUGACUCUGGCUGAGGGUAAUCGUUUGGAAAAGCGCUUAUUCCACGCUACUUUUGCUACGGAUGAUCGUAAAGAAGGCAUGACAGCAUUUGUGGAGAAGAGAAAGGCCAGUUUCCAGGACAAAUAGGAAAGAGCAGAUCAAGAGCUUGGCAAAUUUCCUGACAUGAGCGGGUCAUUUCCUUAUCUGCAAGUUGAAUGAUGAAUAAAUCCUGAUGGUAGUGGAACAUAUAAGCUGUUUAAAUUAGGAUUUUUCACUGAGUGAGUGCACAAGGGUGGCUUAUCACAGUGAACCCCUUCCUGCUGAGGCUCAGUAUCAACAGCGAGUGCAGGGGGUUUGUAUGUGAAACCAUUUGAUUACCGUGUUAUAGUCAGUGUGUAAUCGGAGGAAUCAGUCUUGUUGACUUGUACUGACUUUGCCUUUUCAUUUUCACUGUCAAAUGUUUGUCUGCUCUUUUUGUAGGCAACGUAUUGCUGUGUACAUAUUACAAAUAAAACUCUAGAAUAGCUUUCAGUUGGCUACUGUCACUGAGACAUGAACAGA